UUGGCCUCGCACUUUGUCUGGCGGCCUCUGUCGCUUUUCAAAGACCUCAUGGCUGAUCCUUUGAGUAUCGCCGCGUCUGUUGUUGGCCUGGUGGCCGCUGCGGGCAAGGUCUAUGGCGUCCUGUCCAAUUUCGUUUCAACCGCUGCGGAUGCGCCCAGCUCCGCAGCCUCGGUACUUGAGACGGUGGAACAGAUGAAGCUGACGCUGUCGUCGGUGCAGUCCCUCAUCGACUCAAUCGAGAGCCUCGACCCCUCUCGGAAAGCUUUGAUUCAGUUGGACCAUCUUUCGAUCGUCAUAACUCAUUCAGUCUUGACAAUUUCGGAGCUUGAAUCGAUUGUCUGUCCCAAAGAUGGGCUAAUGCACCGCCUGCGAUGGGCAUGGAGUGAGAAGAGAGUCAUGGGUCUCUUGCCGAGACUCGAAUCUCAAAAGAGCUCGCUAUCAUUGAUGGUGGCAGUUUUGCAGAGCAAAUCCGAGUUGGAGGCUCGCACCAGCCAUACCACGCUCCUUUCCAAAGUGGACGAAGUCCUGCAGCAGAAUGAAGCACUCGCACAUCGGUUACAGCGUCUCGAAGGCAACCUCAUGUCUGAUAGUCGAUCAGUCAAAUUCUUUGAUGAUGCAUCAUCCAUAAUCUCCAGGCGACUGUCGUUUCUGAGCGUGAGGAGUGUUGACUCCUCCUCCUCCUCUAUCUCAUCGGCAUCACAGAAGAGACAGUCCAUCACCAUCACGAGUCCCUCUAUCGUCGCGAGGAAUGACUUUGAGCUAGCGCUUGAAAGGUCUAGAGUGUAUAAUCGUACCCAGUUGAACGAAUCCGAUGUUUCGUUCACAUCAUCCACAGCGCCGAGUGCUGCUUGGAGUAUGCUUUCGGGCUUGAGUUUGAACGACAUAUCCAUAAUAUCGGCUUUCCGGCUUCCGAUCACUCUCGACGACAUUGACCUCUUGGCGCCUGGGUCAACAUUUUCCAUAUUGCUGACGGAGCAGCUAACUGCUACUAUGACGACUUCUACCACUGUGGAGGCGGAGCCUAGAAGAGACGAUGCCCAAACAUCAACCCAAGCAAGGCCGAGGCCGACAAGGAGGCCGACUGGUGAGCGUAACAGAGGCUCAACACGACUAGUCGCCUCCGCCUUGAGGGGGUACCAUGCCAAAAGAGCUAUUAAAAUCGUGGUCAUCGGUGAUGAUAAUUCUAUGAAGAAUACAAUACUUCAGACCUACGCGUAUCCUAGAGGUGCCACCUCGCGCGAGUAUACGCCAAAGACGUUUGAGAAUUUUGUUGUAGAAGUCAAAGUUAAUAGCCAUUUGACACGUCUGGCACUCUACGAUACGACCGGCCAAGAGAAGUACACGCGGCUUCGAGUUUUAAGCUACCAAUCAACUAGCAUAUUUCUUGUCCUUUCACGGAAGACGACGUCGAGCGCUGAACUGGAAGAGGUCGAGUACAAAUGGAUCCCCGAGAUUAUUCAGCACUGUCCUGGAACCCCUUACCUCAUCGUGGGGACAUAUAAGAACAAGCCUGGAGUGGAAGCUUUGCCCGACAACUCAAUUGAAGGCGGUCGGGUUGCCGAAAGAGCUGGGGCUAUCGGCUAUACUGAAUGUGAUGUGGAAGAUCCGACAAGUGUCAGUGCGACAUUUGGCCAGGCCAUUGCAAAAGCACUAGGACUUGAUAAACCCUCAGGCAGACUAAGGGACUCACUACGACGACGGUCCUUGAAGCCGUUGAUUGAAACCGAACAGUUUGAUGUGGAGUGA